UUUACAUCUUUGUCACGGAAAGGACGGAAAGGAACGGAAUUUAUCAGCGUUAGUAAUGGCGGCCUCCAUGCAACAUUUUUCUCUACAAGAUUGUAAAGGAGCACUGCAAGAAAUUCUCUUUGCAUUUCGGGAACCAGGCAAUGUGAGGCGACUGGACGAAGCCAGGGACCAUGCUGGUAAUGACAUGUUAAGAGCAAUGCAGACAGUGUUCCCUGUAGCUUCACAAAUACAGAUGGAGGUUAUAGAAAAAUAUGGAUUCCCUUCAGAUGGUGAUGGGGUUAUACGAUUCACACAGGCAGUAAAGGUAUAUGAGAAACAAGACCAGGAUGUUGCCCAACUUAACAGCCAGCUUCGUGCCAUACUGAUUCCACCUAUAGCUGCACAUGGUCCUAGCACUAACGGGUCGUGACGGAAACCAGCUAAGGAAUAAUUUGUCAUUGUAAAUAACUCAUUUUCCAAAUGAUGAAGAAAAUCAAAUGUUAAACACUGGAUGUCAAGCUGUGCUUGCUUUCAUUCAAAGUGCUUUUAUACAGAAAAUUGUCAUUACAUUUUUUUGUACACAUAUAAUUAUGUUUUAUAUGCAAAUUGUGUUGUGAAUGUGAUAUUCUUAUAUACACUAUAAGUAGUUGUCUCUGUUAACAGUGUGAACAGUGUGAAAAACAACAUUUGUAGAAACGUUAUUUUCAUCUAAUUCAAUGUAAGUUAAGUUAAGAAUAAUAAUGUAGUAAUAGUCAAAAUGAUCAGAUCAAGUUAAAGAAUUCUUGUUUUUAGUUCACGAGCCACCAUAUUUAAAGGUAAUACAUGAAUUUGUAUGAUUCAAUCAUUGAAAAAAAUUUCAUCAGAAUCUUGUAGUAGCAAAAAAAUGGAAUAUUUUAAAAAUAUCACAUUAGUAGUGUAUAUGAACACUUGCAUACAUAAAAUACAGGCACUUGUAUCAGCUUUUAUGUUUGGAAAAUGUUCAUUAAAAAAACCAUUUGGAACGAAAAAUAUGGAGCAGUUGGAAAAUAUUUGGCAAUCAAUAAAGAUAGUAA